ACAGCGCAGACCCAAAAACUGCUUGCUGACCUUUCUUUGGACUGCUCCGACAAACCAUCCCUCGCUAUGCUCCACAACCAGUCAGUCCAGGGUCCCGAGACUUGGCCAUUUGUCCCAGCAGAGGCUUCUCCGGGGCUGCAUCUUUACCCUUUAUGCCGUCCUCGAAAAUCGGCUGGGGUGGAGAUGGAGCUGGAGGUGCCGCGACGGUUCUGUUGCCUACUGGCAUAUCAGUUAACAGGACGAGGACGAGGCGAGAGUUAAUGGUACCUACACAAGGCAAGCUCGCUGCAAGAGAUAUAAUACAUUCGGAUGCGAGGAGCAAUGUCGCAUGAGGGAGGGGGUAGGGAGGAAGGGAGUGCAUGAGUUUCUUUUCGGAAAGUGUGCUGAAUACAUGCAGGAAAUCCGCGGGUUCACACUUGAACGAUGCGAGCGGAAAUGAAUGAAGGUCGAACCUCAGGCAUUGGAGAACGUCGGGGGUCCAGAAAGAACGGGAACUAGCAAUGAACCCGCUAUAAUAUCUUGCGUCCCUCUUGUACGGUCCUGUUCGGCCGAUGAACUCCCAAUAAGCCCAUACAUACAUCACGAACGUCCUCAACAUGGUAGCGGCCGUUCCUGUAUAGCAGCACUACGAGUUGCAAAGAGAGCACGGAAUGGAAGAUAUGGAUUUUUAUCGUGAGCUGUAGUGAAGGAAAUGCGUGCCCCUUAGCAUCAAACUUAAAGCUCACAGCACGCCAGAAGACUUAUGCUGUAUUGCUUGUUAUUUCAAUAACAUGAGAAUAAUAGAAUGGAAGCUUAAGAGUUCUGUAGACAGCUAGUGG